AUGGGAUAUUUUACUGGAAAAAAUAAAUCUGUGCGAUUAGAUAGUGAUAUUGAAAAUCAAAGUUAAGGAAUUGAUAUUGCUUAGGAGAAGUUUAAAGUAAAAUAAUAGGAAUAGGAAUCACCUAUAUUAAAAAACAUCAAUUUGAAGAUAGAGCCUGGGAAAUUUGUUUCUAUAAUAGGAGAUGUAGGUUCUGGAAAGACUUCAUUGUUGUAGGCACUUUUGGAGGAAAUGGUUUAUUGUGAGGACAAGAAUUCCCCUAGAAUAACAUUAAAUGGGAAACUAGCAUAUGUUAGUUAGAAACCUUGGAUAUAAAAUGCAACGGUGAUGGAGAAUAUUAUAUUUGGUAAAUAAUUUCAUUAACAAUAAUAUGACAAUGCCAUCUAUUAUUCUUGUUUAACUUAAGAUUUGUAGAUUUUGAUUAAUGGAGAUUAAACAAUGAUUGGAGAAAAGGGAAUCAAUUUAUCAGGUGGUCAAAAGGCAAGAAUCAGUUUGGCUAGGGCUAUUUAUAGUGAUUCUGACAUUAUACUUUUGGAUGAUCCAUUAAGUGCUGUAGAUGCUCAUGUUGGAAAUUUCAUCAUGAAAGAAUGUUUAUUAGGCAAAUUAAAAUAGACUACUAGGAUUCUAAUCACUCACGCAUUAAAUUAUUGUAAAUACACUGAUUAUAUUUACUUAUUUGAAAGGGGAGAAGUGAUAUAGCAAGGGGAUUAUAGAAGUAUGCUCACAAGUUAGCAGUUCUAGGAGAUUAAAAAUAAGUUUAACAACAACAAUGUUGAUGAGUUAGAAGAUUCUCUGUUGAUUCUCAAUCCUUCAGAAGAUCUCAAGAGAAUUCCUCAUUAAGAUAGCAGUACCAAUCUUGAUUCCUCUACAAUUACUGCACUUUCAACUAAAUCUUCUUAAUAAGAUGAAAUGGAUGAUCUUAUGGUAUUAGAGGAGAGGUAGAAAGGAGAAAUUAAUUAUGAUGUUUUCUUGUAGUAUUUUGUUCAUAAUGGAGGGUGUCAAAGCUUCUCAUUAGUUAUUGUAAUUAUGAUAGUUUGGAUAUCUUGUUACUUGGGUUCUAGCAUAUGGAUUUCAAAUUGGGCUGAUUUAUCAUCAAAAGAUGAGGAAUUUUCCAGAAACUCCUUGUACUUUUCAAUCUACUUCAAUUUAGGCUUUAUGCAAGCUUUCUUUGCUUUUCUAAGAGCAAUUACAAUCAUACAUUAAUCGAUUAAGUCAGCAGAUAUAGUACAUAAUAAAAUGAUGAAGACAUUGAUUUAUGCUCCUUAAUGUUCAUUUUUUGAGAGAGUACCCUAGGGUAGAAUUAUGAAUAGACUAACAAAAGAUAUCAAUACAUUAGAUACUGAGAUCUAUUGGAAUAUCAGUUGGUUUUACACUAAAGCGAGCCAAUUGAUUAGUAAUACAUUUCUAAAUGUAUAUGCUAGUACCUUCUUCAUAAUAUUUCCAAUUUUUGGAUUCUUUCUUAUAUGUUUCAAGUUGAACAGAGUUUUUAUGAAGGUUUCAAGAGAACUUCAAAGGUUAGAAUUAAUCAGUAAAAGUCCAAUUCUGAGUUGCUUCACUGAAACCUUAUCAGGAUUAACAACAAUAAGAGCUUAUUAAUAAACUCAUACUUUUCUCUUUAACUUUUCUAGGAAAUUAGACCACAAUAAAAAAAUAUAUUACAAAUAGGUGGAAUGUAAUGCAUGGUUUCUAUAAAUUAUGGGAUUGUCCAGUCUAAUUGUUAAUAUAUCAGCGAUUGUUUAUUGCAUUUAUUACACCCAAAAUCCAGCCUUUGCAGGACUGUUAAUGACUUAUGCCUCUAAUAUUGAUAUUAAUAUUCUAUAAACAGUAGAAUCUCUAAGUCUAUUAGAAAAUGGCAUUAUUUCCUUUGAACGAUGUUUGGCAUAUACCAAGUAACACUAAUGUAUUAGAUUUAAGUGUAAAACCAGAGAAAAGAAAUGAAAAUAAUGUCAGAGUCUAGAAUUGGCCAAGUAUUGGUGAAAUCUAAUUUAUUAAUUUUUCUGUUUAAUAUAGGCAGAACCUUCCUCCUGCAUUAACUAACUUAAAUUUCAAAAUUAAUCCCUGUGAAAAAAUUGGAGUUGUUGGUAGAACUGGAGCUGGCAAAUCAUCUAUCACUUUGAGUUUGCUUAGGAUCUUAGAAUCAUUAGAAGGCAAAAUAUUGAUUGAUAACGUUGACAUAUCAAAUUUAUCUCUUAAAUAAUUAAGAGAAUCAAUCACAAUCAUAUUAUAAGAUGCUGUAAUAUUCAAUGGAACCAUAAAAGAAAAUCUCGAUCCUUUGGGUGCAAGAUCAGAUUAAGAGAUUUUAGACAGCAUAAAUUAAUGUUGUCUAAAUAGAUUAGUGAGUAAUAGAGAAGGACUUAUGACUUAAAUUUCAGAAGGUGGAGAUAAUCUAAGUGCUGGGGAAAAACAAUUGAUUUGCAUUGCUAGAGCUAUUUUAAAGAAAACUAAAAUAGUGAUAAUUGAUGAAGGAACUGCGAAUAUAGAUGUUGAAACUGAACAUAAAAUUUAAUAAGUUAUUCAAUAAGCAUUUCAAAAUUGCACUGUACUAACAAUUGCCCAUCGUAUAAAUACAAUCCUUCAUUGCGAUAAGUAUUAAAUAUAAUUAUUAUAAAUUAGGAUCUUAGUAAUUGAUAAAGGAUAAUUAAAAGAAUUUGGAUUCAUACAAGAAUUGCUAUUGGAUAAAAAGUCUACAUUCUAUUAAAUUUAUUAAGAAGCACUCUAAAAUGAAGCUCACUGA